AUGCCGCUGAUUUUGUCCAGAGCCCGGGUUUCCGGCAGGACAACUGGUCCGGGCUUUGUCAGGCUCGGCCGUUGCACCUCCGCCGCCGCCCGUUCACGUCCAGCAGCGCUGAGCAGGGUGGCCGCGAGCCCAGUGGUAAACCGGCGGUACAACAGCAACAAGGCUGAGGAUGAUUCACAGGAGACAUUCUACGACGUCUCGUUGGGACAGGCGCAGUCUAUUGAGGAUAUCCGACUCCAGGCCGAAUUCGAAAAGAACAAAGAUAUUCGAGAGUAUUUGCGAAAAUGGCGGGCGCUCAGACCGGACACUUUGGACCCAGUCCGCGAUAUCGGCAUCUCGGAUCCUUCAGAACCGUGGGUUGGGAACAUGGUCAACUUUAGUUCCGGCGAGGACACGCUUGACGAUAAGCUGCGAAUGGCGGACGAGGACAUGUCCGACUUUGUCGACUUUGGCGAUGAGGGAGAGGGAGCAUACGACUAUUUGCAGCCUGGCGACUUGGUGGUUUUCAGACUCAACCAAAUCAUGAGACACGCCAUCUAUGUCCGAACGAUCAACAAACAACACCAAUUCUACACACACCGAGGGAAAUGGCAGAUCGCGGAGCCGAAAGAUGUUGACUUCGUGGUGAGGGGAUUCACAAGCCCCAAGUCGGUCUCCCGCCUCCACCCAUAUUUUCCAGAUACUACGGCCGUGCUUUGUGGCGACAUGCAAUCUACGAUAGAGGGCGGAGUACCGCGCGAGGCGGGUGCACACCUUCUCGACAAGAUCAACGACUUUGAGGUGCAAGCCCAAGCGAUUUAUCGGGCCAAUUCCGCUCGAUUCGAUAACAUCUACAACAUCGUCGCCCACAAGGAGAAGCAGUUACAGAUGACACUGGACGAGUUAGUCUGCGCCGCGCUGGAGAUCGCGCCCGAGCAAAUCAAUGAUGUGAUCCGAUUUGUCGUCCACCGGGCAUGUCGCCAAUAUCCACUUUUGAUAGACAGUGACCGGAGCUCUCUGUUUAACCACCAAUACAUGGUCUUCCCUACUCCGAUUUCCGGGAUGCUUGAGAAGGUUAUGAAUUGGUUUCAUCAAUACCAGGCAUAUCUCGUUCGGUCUGCUUCUCUAAAGACUGCGCCGCCGAAGGACCAUCCGAUGGUGGCAUUUAUUCAAAAGGCACAGGGGUUAAUCCGACGGAGUCGGGCAAUUCGCUCACCGACAGUGAUGGCCAGCGUAGGUCCAUCGUCACAACGCUUCGCUCCUGGGCAGGACGGAAACCCGCACGUGGUGCGACGGGUGCCAACCAACACCUUCACGGCAGACGACAAGCUCAUUAUUCAGUUUCUCCAGCUUUGGUGCAUCCCGCCGAGGAGGAUGAAGUCGUCGGCUCUGCAGUCGGUUGGAUCGCAUAUCAUGCGCGCUACGGGAAUGUAUAGCGCCUUGGAUUUGAAUUCUGGCUCGGCCCCUUUGUUCUUGCAGGAAAUUGGGGUGUUUGCGCCAUGGGAGAAUACGCGCCUCCUGGAUGCAGACCUGGUGCUCUCCACGCCACCACCUACCGUGAGCGAACCCAAUCAAAACAAAAGUCUAACUGAUGUAAUGGCUACCUUGCGAAAGGACUGGGGUGAGCUGCCCGUGUAUUGUGUCGACGCUGUUGACGCGGAGGAGAUUGACGACGGCAUCUCACUUGAGCGUAUCCAAGGGUCGGAGGACACUUUUUGGAUCCGCGUUCAUAUUGCCAACCCCUCUGCAUUUUUAGAUCAUGACCAUCCAAAUGUUCAAUAUGCAUCGUCGCGGCUGCAAACAAUUUACGUCCCUGACAGGACCUAUCCCAUAUUUCCCAAAGACCUGACACAGCAGAACUUCAGUCUCGCCCCCGGCCGACCUUGCUUGACAUUCAGUGCCAAGAUGAACCUCCAAGGCGAGGUUCUAGAGACAGAUGUGUGCAACGGCACUGUACAAAACGUCAAAUACAUCACACACGACAAGCUGCGCAGUGUCUUUGGAGUCGAGGCCGAUAAAUCCAUGGAGCCGUUGGUCGUCGGAGGAAACAUGCCCGAACGGUCUCGCCCGGAGAUACAAGACACAGUAUCACCAGAAGACGAGAGCACAUUCCACACUUUGCGCCAGCUAAUGCUCGGGUUCCGCGAGUACCGUCGCCAAAACGGGGCUAUGGAAUGGCCUCAUCAAGUAAAUCUCAGUGUCUCGAUGAGUGCCGGAAACGAACCGCUCCCGACUCCCUCGACGGAAGUCCACCAGCCCGGCUACUACAUAGGCGACCCGAUCAUCCAACUCCGGCCGCAGAAACGAGACGCGCACGAAGUGUUGGAUGUGUCCAAACACGACCUCGUCUCCCUCCUCAUGAACCUCGCCUGCUGGGUCUCGGCCAAAUGGUGCGCCGAGCGCAACAUCCCCGCCGUCUACGACGGCACAAACUACCACCCCGAACUCCCCCGCCUGACAAACGAAAACAUGUCCGAGUAUGGCGGGCAAGGGUUCUACCAGCUCUCCGCUCCCCGCGGCGUCUCCUCCCCGCGCCCAAUGAAGCACGUCCCCCUGGGCCUAGACGCCUACAUCAAGUCCACCAGUCCCCUCCGCCGCUUCACCGACAUGCUAGCCCACUACCAAAUCGAAGCCGCGCUGCGCUUCGAACACGAAAAAGGGGAUCGCUUCGACGCGUCGAACCCUUCUCACGCUAAUCUCCUCCCCUUCACCCACACCGCCGUCGAAGAGUACAUCUCGCAGACGCGCUGGAAGCACAACCGCAUCCGCGCGAUCGACCACAUGUCCAAGCAGUUCUGGGCGUGCAUGCUGUUCUUCCGCGCGUUCUACUUUGCUGAAUGUGCGCUCCCCGAGACGUUCGAGUGUAUCGUGCACCGGCCGUUCAGCGCGACGCCGCUUGCGGGGACGCAGUAUGACAACGGGUUCCUGGGCGCGAUCGCUAGUCUCGGUGUGCGGUGUACUAUUGAUGUUCCGCCGGAGCUGGGCGAUGUUGAUAUCCUGUCUGUUGUUGAGGCGAAGAUCACCGGCGUGAAUUUGGCGAGGUGUCUUGUCAAUUUGGAGGCGACGAAGCUGGUUAGGCCGUUUAAGCGGGUUGGGGAGUGGGCGUAG